AUGGUGCUGUUCGACGAAGACCCGGUGGACUUGAUGUCCGAAGCCACCAACAAGUUCCACAUCGCACCCGACAAGGACAGCUUAUCGCGAGUCUCAGACUCACUCCACGCACUCGCAGGCGCACGACAAUCACGACUCGACCGCCAACACGCCAUCCUCAGCAACCUCAGCCGGCGACUCAAUAACCUCAAAGGCCAAUACGACUACGAAGAGGAGCGGCAUGAUGCGUCAAAACAUGCGACAGAGAUGCUGAAAAUGGAUACCGAGAAAUUCAGGAUCGCGAAGGGUGUCAACGAUGCGGAGAUGGAGAGUGAGAGGUUGAGCGGGGAGCUUGCAGCGCUCAAGCAGCAACUAGCGACUUUGGAGAAGGAGGGAGUGGAAGGCGGUGCCAGGAGAGGCGGAGAGGAUCAGGAGGAUGCGAAUGUCCUGAAAAUGCAUUUCUACCGAUCGCUGGGUAUCGAGGUUCAGCAGGACCAGAAGACGGGGGCAUACGAGCGGGCGAUCAUACACAAUACUGGUCGAGGAGAUGUCAAUGUGGUGGAUGUGAGAGGAAGGGAAGGAGAUCUGGCGAGUGAGGUGUGGUCGAGCUUGUGA